AUGGCAGAGAAGAUUUUAGAGUACAGAGCCACUUUACCAGAUCAGCUCAAGAACACCUUCGCCUCAAUUCUCGCUGCUCAGAAACCCGUUUUUCUGAAUGGCUCGGAUCCUGGGACUUCCAGAGCUCCGAAUUCGGCUGGUACAAGGUUGUUGGAAAAACGAGGUGGGAUAUAG